CUUCGCACUAUAUAUACACGUUAUAACAUUCAAGGCGAAUUAAUUCCAGAAAAAUAUUUGGGGAUUAGGGUUUGUAAACACAAUCGACACUACAGGACGAAGAUUCGUUUAAUUCUUCCGGGUAUGUAAUGGAGACGACACUCAAAGAAGACAACACAGACUCUCCAACAUCCGGGAUCUAUGAGAUACCUGGGGAGCCCGCAUUGGUUAUUAAUGGGGUGCCUCCUGUAUGCACCAGUGAAAAUGAUAAUAUUAUUCUCUGCAAGGUUGAGAAUAACAUAGAUUCUAAAAUGAGCGAGUCCUUUGGUGGGUGGUUUGAAGGUAGGGAGGUUCAGAAGUCAUUCGGUAGGAAAUUGUUUAAUGGAAAAGUUACUGAAUUUGACAAAGAAACGGGUUGGUAUAGAGUGGUUUAUGAAGAUGGAGAUUUUGAAGAUCUUGAAUGGCAUGAGUUGCAAGAAGUGCUUAUACCUCUUGAUGUUACAAUUCCAUUGAAGACAUUAGCGUCCAAAGUCAUCAAGAAAAAGCAGAAAGAUGAUAAAAAAUCCGGGAGGUCUGUUACUAAACCCAAAAUCCGCCAGCAUAAACGAUUAAGUUCCGGGGUGGAGAAAAUAAAUGUUAAAGUAAAGGAUUAAGCAGGUGCGCAGAUAGUUUAGAAACCGUAGCAUGAGCCAUGAAGGCAUCUGAUACGUUUUGUUCUCAUGUUAGCCCAAUUUCUUUCAGUUACCUUUCUUAAUUGUGAGGCUUGUUUGCAUUGUAAAAAUGAAAAUUUGCAAGGUUCGCAAUAAGAGUGUGUUGAUUGAACAGAGGACCAAUAUAGUGUAUGUUUACAUAAUUUUGUGAAAGAAAUCUGGAUUAACAAAGA